UCUAGAACUCGAACGGGCUGUCUUACCUGUCGAGAGGAGGGAUACAAAUGCGAUGAGCAGCGGCCAUAUUGCGGCCGGUGUGUCCGUCUCGAGAAGGUUUGCAAAGGAUACGGCCUCGUGCUCAAAUGGCAAGCAUGUAAGACACCACGGAGCCUCAACAACACACCUCCUGCGGCCGGAAACGACGACAUAUCCCUCGGUUCAGCAACCCCGCAUCAUCAACAGGACACAGAAGCCGUGCUUGCGGUCAACCCAUCCUACAUUCCCCCGGAUAUCGAUCCCGAAACUCGACGGCUGCUGCACCACUGGACCGUAACUCUGGCCGCAGUGGUUUCCAUGGCUCCCACGAGUAACCAGAACCCAUUCUUGGUCCAUCUCACUCCAAUGCUCUUCCGAUCAGCCGCCCUCCGGUUCGCCAUCUCGGCCAUGGCCGCCAGCCAUCUGGCCGUCCUGCACGCCGACGGGUCGAUGGAGACAACUGCAUCCCGGCACCGGCUACGCGCCGUCUCGUCACUCCGCCAAACAAUCCAAACCCAUGACCCGGAACUCUCCCUGGCCGCCAUCCUUAUGCUGCAGGUCUCCGACCGACUCUUCACCGCCGACAACAAGGUGAACCACCUCUCCGGCGCCAAGGCGGUCAUCACGCAGGGAGGAGGCCUGGCUGGCUGGGCGGGCUCGAGCGCCCAAUUUCUCCUCGGCGUAUCCUUCUAUCACGACGUACUCUCCUCGGUUUCCAGGGGCACGACCCCGCUGCUCGACCUCGGCGGUUCAGUCCCCAGCGAAGGACUGCCCUGCAUGCAGGAACUGGCAUCCGUACUCGGCCUCGUGGGCACGAUCAGCAGGAUGCAGGGCCAGGCGCCGGAGCUCGACAGAUCCCAGGCCCACGCGGUCGAGGAGGCACUGGAGGCGAGCAUAAUGGGCACCGCCGGCGAUGGCGCCGGGCUCGACGACAUCGGCCACACGACGCGGGCCUACAGACACGCCGCCUUCAUCUACCUGUACCGGGUCUGGCUCUCCUCGGGGGCGCCCCACCCCUCGACGGCCGGACACGCCGAGCGCUGCCUCUACCACCUGUCGCACGUGCCCAUCACGUCGCCGCUCGCGUCAGCUCACGCCUGGCCCCUGUGGACGGCCGGCUGCGAGUCGGUCGACGGCCGGGCGAGGGGGUUCGUGCGCGACAGGCUCGACGCCAUGUUCAGCGUCCGCCACCUGCCGUCGCUGCGGAGGAUGAAGGACGACAUGGAGGAGGUCUGGCUCACCAAGGAUGCCCAGCGCAGCCUGACGGGCAUGGAUGACGUGGACUGCGUGAGAUUCAUCUUGGAGAACCGCCAGAGAGAGGCGGAUCUUGCCUGAGAUCAGAUUGCAUUUCAGAACGGAGAACGAUCAACGAUGAGUG